CGCGCGCGACGCUUCGCGCUGGUAGUCGCGCUCUGCGCUCGGGUAUCGCGUUUCGCUCUCUGUCCCGCUAAUCCGCCUGUUCUGCAGGAUUUUUUUCGUCUCGCGCUCCGCGCUCGCGUAUCGCGGUUCGCUCUCUGCCCCGCUAACCGGCCUGUUCUGCAGGUUAGCAAAACUUUUGCUCAGUCUACCGCUAUAAGGUUUCCCAAACAUUGACUAACACAGGACACAUUUCCAAACUAAAACCGCGACACUGGUGGUUACUAUGUUGUCACACAAACUGAUCUUUCAGUCUUGACAAUGACAUCAUUCUUUGUCAAAUUAUAAGUAUUUGAUAUCUGCAUACUUAUUGCAUAUCUUAUUGCAUAUCUACUUAGUUCGCGCAGACCGGGUCAACCGUAGAAGCAAUGCAGUCUCUACCCUAUGUUCGUGUUGUCUAACCUUAGGCUACUCUUUCAAAAAUUCUUUCGAUGAAUCAAGACUGUUUGUCGAUCACGAACUGUUAUGACUGAUCAGCAUGCAGAAGUUUUGGACCGCAGUUUUGAUCACCUUGACGUUUGUAGCAUUGGCGUCAUCAGUUCAACUGAUACUAGAAAACACAGACGACGAACACAAUUGGAGUUGGAUUAGUAAGCCGCCUGGACCAUCAGGGUGGGACAGACGGACUAACCCUACACGAUAUACGGCUUGCAAUGUUAACUUACAACAGUCAAACAAAUGGCUGUUGAGUUAUCAAUUCACAGUCGGAAAAGCAAACAGGAUCGAUAUCACUGUCACUUACCGAAUCACAAGUUGUCCUCAGUGCGUAAAUGUUUUUGACUUGUACGUAAACCAGUCAGACCAGUUUAUUGCGGAUCAAGAUAACUAUCCUGACCCUCUCAUUGACACAACAGCGUAUGAAAGAGUGGCAGAAAUUAAACAGGCUAUCAAUUCGAGAAAUUCCGAAACAGUAAACGUCCUUGUUAAAGGACAAUAUACUAUCUUGGCAUUCCAUAAUUAUGGAGCUUGUAGUACUCUGUUCUCUGUGAAGGUCAGUUAUAACAUUUGCCCUGAUGAAACACUCAGAAGUAAUUUGGUGUCACUACCAAGGACUGUAGCGCCAGCAAAUGAUUUAGAACGCAUUCGAGUUGAAGGAAGCUGUAUCAAAGAUGCCGUUAAAGUACAUGGCAGUUUGUACGUUCACUGUGAAAGUAAUGGCGAGUGGAACACCACUGGACUUGAAGGAAGAUGUAUUUGUAAAGAAGACACGCAGAAUAAUAGAGGGAUAUGCGAAGCUUGUCCAAAUGGAAAAUACAAUGACCAGACGGGCCUUAUUUGUACGGUCCUUCCAACCGUCCCGAGAAACAUUAGCGUUGCAUUCGUUAACCAAAGUGCAGUGGAGUUAAGAUGGCUGCCGCCUGCAAUAACCGGUGACCGAACUCAUGUGUACUAUGACGUCGACUGUCGUAAGCCAUGUGACAGUGACGACGACAACGAGUGUGUUGAUGAAGAGUGUGGAAAUGAUGUCACUUACUUACCAUAUAAGGAAGAUUUAGACACGGCAGAGAUGAUGAUAACAAACCUCUCGUCAUUUGUGAAUUACGCUUUUAACAUCUGCGCUAAAAACAGAGUGAGUGAAGUGGCGAAACGAAGACAUGGAGUUGAAGGAAACUACGCAGUAAUCUUCGUAGGGACUAAUGGAUCAAUUCCUGGCAAACCCGAAGUAUCGGUUGAACAACCGGAAGAAGCCGUUGUGGUGUCAUGGACGUUACCAGUGAAGAAUGGCGUCGUUAAAAAUUAUCACGUGACAUACAUAAAAGAGGAUGAUUCUUCAGAUAUCAAGUCAAGAACUACACGAGAAACUGAAUUGCAGUUUGACAAUCUAAUGGCGAGAAAAACUUAUGAAUUCCAGGUAUUUGCAGUGAACAACAUCGGUAAAGGACCUACUGGAACGAAGACUUUUACACUAAGAGCUGCAGACUCCAAGACUGCAAUGUACCUAAACAUUAUUUACGGAUUUGUCGGACUUGUUGGGUUAUUGAUAGUUUUGAUCGUUUCUUUCACCUGCUGCAAAAUCUUCAAAAGGAGGCGCCGUCAAGAGAAAGUAAAACAAAACAAAUUGCCAGUAACAACUGGAUCAGGAGUCAGAGUGUACGAUGAUAUUACGAUGUUGUCAAUGGCGGCAUACCAAAAUAUCGAUGACAUCUGUGAUGGUUUUAAUCUCGACCGUGACCAAAUAACGUUAGUGAGACUGCUUGGGACUGGGAACUUUGGUCAGGUGUCUAAGGCAAUCUACGGAGCUUCGCAUUCAGAAGUUGCGGUAAAAAGUCUCAAAGACAAUGCUUCACCGAAGGACUUACAAGACAUGCUCAGUGAACUAGACGUCAUGAAAUCUUUGCAGCCUCAUCCUCAUGUUGUUCGACUGAUUGGUUGCCGUAUUGAGAAAGAGCCGACGUUGAUUGUUUUGGAGUAUUUACCAUACGGCGAUUUACUGGGAUACCUGCGCAAGAGCAGAGGACAUGAGGACACGUACAACACAGGAGAAAAAAGACCAAAUUCAAGACUCACUGAAAAAGAUCUGUUAACUUUUGCUUGGAUGAUAGCAGAUGGAAUGAGCUAUCUGGCAGCAAUGAGGGUUGUUCAUCGUGACUUGGCCGCCCGAAAUGUAUUGGUAGGUGAGAACAAAGUCUGCAAAAUUUCCGACUUUGGAUUGGCACGUGGCUUGGAGGAAGAUAUUUACACGAGACGGACUCAGGCGCGUCUCCCAGUUAAGUGGAUGCCCCCAGAGUCACUUUUCUAUGGUGAAUCUACAACUAUGAGUGACGUGGCGCGUCUCCCAGUUAAGUGGAUGCCCCCAGAGUCACUUUUCUAUGGUGAAUCACCAUAUCCUGGUGUACCUUCUCGACAAGUGGCUGGCUUGUUGCAGACAGGAUACCGAAUGCCUAGACCAAGACACAUCUCUGCUGAACUGUACUCCAUCAUGACCGAGUGCUGGGAAGAAAAACCUCAAAAGAGACCAACGUUCCGAUGGCUUUGCUCUGCGGUCAGAAGACUUCUGGAUGACCACAGGACAUAUGUGAAUUUGGAAGUUUAUGAUGACAAGGACUAUGUUAAUUUUGACGUGGUGACGUAGAACGAUUGACGAAGGAUCGUGAAUUUUUGGAGAAGACACGUCAUUUGACUGAAGAAAUAUAGUGUUGACAAGUUUCAUUUUAUUCAAAAAGUUUAAUAACACCCAUCAAAUCGAUUGCUAAGGAAACCGUGUAUAGCUUUUCCACUACAGAUUGUUUGCAAAAUUCUCAUCCGAUCUGGCAUGAUAAACAUUUGCUACUUCCUGGACAGAAGGCUCGAUAUAUUGCAUAAUGCCUUAGCGGCACCCUUUCCGAGUGGGGAUAACGCUAUCCAACGGGUAAAUUACUGGAGAAAGGUUGACGACACAAACUUUGCUAUCCCAGCACUAAAUACAUAGUGAUUUAUCCAGUGGACAGCAUUAUCCAAACUUUGACCAACCAGCUAUUUCAAGUGCUGUGAAAGUUAGAAUAUCCCGGAGACUCGUGGCUAAUUUACGUGUUUAUGAUAUAAAAAAGAAUGCUAUACUUAGUACAUAACAAAACAUCGAAUAGAAGACGUCGUUUGCGCGAGUGUCACACGAAGUACGUUAGGCAGAUCAUGUAAUAAUAGUGGCUCUCGCCCGCCGGAGCCCCAUAUACCUUAGAAAAUUUGGUGACCCAUCGAACCGAGAAGUUUUGGUUGUCACAUGCUUGCUGGUACAACGUCUGUACGUGCGCCACUUGCUCUGCGCGCGCGCGAGUUUUUGAAGGUCCUUUAUAUUACCUCUUUUGGCCUAAAAAGG